AUGGACCACUCUUCCGUGUCCCCUACUACUCUCCCCAAGGAUUCUUCCUUCUCCUCCGCCGCCUCCCCAUACUUCGCCUCCCUCCAACGGAAGCGUCAACAGAAGAAGAUGAGCAUCACACAAACAUACUACCUCGCUCAUACCGCCCGCAAGAAGCUCACUCGUGAGGCUUCGCGGGCUGAUCACGAUCUCCGCCUACUGGUUGGCCAUGCCAACCUCCUCGACAGCUUGAUGCUCGAUCUCGCCGAUGCCGAGCGUGAUCAAGAACGCUGGUUUAACCAGACCGUCCGCGGCGCCACCAAGGAGGAACCACGACACAUCCAAUGGGCCUCGACCGUUGUCGAAGAGCCCGAGGAGGACUGGGAUCCGGAGGAUGCCUCCGACCUGGACUCGGAAGCUAGUGACAGCGACAGCGAGGACGAUUCCGACUUUGAUGAGAACGACUUCAUCAUCAAUACCCCCAUUCGCCGCCGGGCUCCUUCGCCCCCGGCUCCUCUCUCCAUCCCCGAGCUGGAAGAGGAGGACGACGAGACCGAUUCCGACUUUGAAUAUGAUGAUGAGGAGGACCUGGAUGAUCUCAGCCUAACCCGAUCUCCCUCGCGCCAGUCGCCGCCUGAGCUGCUGGCCGACGUGGACGACUCGUCUGAGGACGAGGCCACCCCUCCAUCCCCACCACAACCCACUCUCGAAGUCUUUGACGAGAAGGAGCCCACUACCAUGGCCAUUCCUCUCGCCCCCGCCGACCAGGAUUCACCCCAUCUGUUUGAGCCAGGGUACUACGUUUCACAAGAACAGAGCACCAUCAUCGAGGCGUACUGA